GCAGAUGAAAACCCUCGCUGAGAAAAACUGCAAACACCAUAGAAAAACUGAAACCACGACAGAACUCAUUAAUCUGCUCUUUUCCAAUUUCGCCAUUCCUCUCUCUCCCAUUUUUUUAUUUUUCUUAUUCAAAUUUUGCAAUCCAAAUUAGAGGGAAAUUGUGCAAAACAUUUGAAACAAAUUUUUGCAGUCCAAUUGAAGUCCCCACUUGAUGCCAAUUUUUGCGAGGAAAAUAAAUAAAGCCCAAAAUCUGAUAAGUGAUAAAAAUCUUCUUCAUUUUCUUCUCAACCCUGUAAUUGAUUGAUGACAUAAAAACAAUUCAUUGGGGGUUGUGUUCGUUCCUAUUUUUUUUUUUUUUUUUGGCAAAUUUGUGCACAUGUAUUUGGACAUAGCACAUAUAUGCUUGACGAUGAAGCAAAUAACAUUGUUGUUCUUCAAUCAAAUUGGGCGCUGUUAUGGUUUGUCAAGACAAGUAAUAAUUUAUUAAGAUGUCGACACAAGCAACAAUUGCAACUUAUGUUCAUACCAAGAUGCUGGCUAAAUUGUCAACGAGAGAGACAACAACAUGUUAAACCAGACUCUGAUGUUGAUAUCUACACAAAGGCUUUUCCAUCGGAAGAAGAUAAAGCAAAUGUUGUCACAUAUGGUGUUCUUAAGCACUCCCGAUCUAUUUGGUAUCAUUGCGGGUUGUAUUCAUUUCAACUGUCUGAUGAUUCAACAUACAAAAGCAGUAGGAAAAAACAACUUUGUUCGGUAUCAUAGGAUCAGAAGUAGAAUUUCGUCUCAAGGCGUCGUUUAGGCUUGCAAAUUCUAGACUGAAGCUACUUGGGAACAACAAAGACGUGCAAGUGAAGCAAAUGAAGGGGAAACCAGUAGCUUAAGUCUGGUCAAUAUCUGAUAGUUCAAUCAUACAUUCAUUUAUUUCCGAAUAGUUUAUAUGUCCAAACAUUGAUUUUCUCGGAAAAUGAUUUUUUGUACAUUGUAGCCGAACACUCUCUUACAUAAGUCUGAUGACGUAAAACAAUUAUAUGUUGUGCUAACAACGGAAGAUGAUACUCUAAAAGUCGUUAAUAAACAUAGUAUAAAGUGAUUAAAGAGCCUAUUAAAUUUUCUAUUCUGUUUUUUGAAAA